GACACGUGGACGAGCCAUGAAAACUCUCGGGAAGGGAAUUGUCAUUCUGGUGGCAUGGAAAUAAGAUCGUCUCGCUCUGCGCUUCUGCCCGCUGCGCGCACCGAGUUUCGCCUCAAAGGCGCGUCAAUGUCUUUCCUAGAGUUCUGCCUACUUCUUGG